AUGGCUCAUCGCAUCGUCACUCAAGUUGUCGUCACCGGAGCGCGGGUCUUCGGCCGCGCCUUCGCCGAGGCCUACAAGCAGGCCCAGGCUUCCGGCAAACACAACGCCGUGAAGAAGGCUGCUGGUGUCACUGGCUCUACCAUUGGUCUCGAUGAGGCCUGCAAGAUUCUCAACGUCAAGCCCCCGGUCGCCGGCGAAGCCAACAACGUCGAGCAUGUUAUGGAACGGUUCAAGAAGCUGUUCGACCUCAACGAUCCCCAGAAGGGCGGCAGCUUUUACCUACAGAGCAAGAUUUUGCGGGCACGCGAACGGAUAGAAAUGGAGAUUCGCCAAAGUGAACGCCAGGCUGCGGAGGAGAAGGAACUGCGUGAGGGCUGGAAUCCUAAGGUCUACAAGGAUCGGUGA